CCAUUGUCUUCUCACAUUACAGUCGACACAUUAAACAGCAGCCUCUGCUUCGUUCGUCCCCCCGCUCCCUCUCUCUCUCUCUCUCUCUCGCUCGCGCGCACUGACAGACAGAGCACCAUCAUCAACCAAGCACUGUUCUUUUCCUUCUUGUUUGCCCCAUCCUGAGGGAAAAGUCUUAAAGGCCCGCCGCCUUUCACUGUUUGAGCCCACUGUUCCUCCCAGUUCGGCCGUCGAGAUCGUCGGAGCCGUAUCUGAUCGGGAAACCAUUUCUCCGCCUUCCGAUAAUUGCCUCCUCGUCUUGGCUUUGGCUCCCCCUCGUAUAGCAAGGCGUCGUGAGAUCUGAUUGGUCAACCACAAAAACGAUUUAUUCACUUUCUCCUUUUCUCGGAUAUAUUUGCUGUUUCGCCACUGUUGGCAAGAUCUUAUUAGCUGCGAUUAUAUAUUUUCUUGCCGUUUCUCGCCCACCCCGUACCUCCCAUCUAAGGCGCCCCCCCCCCCCCCCCCCCACACACACACAAGCCCUGCCCUUUUAAAUCAUCUCCUGUUCUUCCUCCUUUUCUCUCUCUCCUCGCUCUCUCUCUUUAUGAGGCCAUGAUUGCUUGAGUGCUGAACCUUUAUGACAGCGGCGAUGGAGCAGAGUGAUUGUUUCCGCCCCGUUAAGUAUACAGAGCAGAGGACUCUGACGACCAAGUUCACUGAGUCCAGACCCGCCGGUCCGAGAGUCCUGAGGGUCUCCGUCACCGACCCCGACGCGACGGACUCGUCCAGUGAUGAGGAAACCGAGCCCUGCUUCAGGCAGCGGCAACGGGUGAAGCGGUACAUCAGCGAGAUUAGGAUCGAAGAGGGAUGCAGGGCUCACGCUGUCAGAGAGGGGCGCAUGAGGGCCCCCGUCGCCGGCGUCGCCAAGCGGCCGUCGAGGGCCCAGCCGUCUGCCGGGGAGAGGAAAUUCCGGGGCGUGAGGCAGCGGCCAUGGGGCAAAUGGGCGGCCGAGAUCCGCGACCCGGAGAGGCGGGUGCGGCUGUGGCUGGGGACAUACGAAACGGCGGAGGAGGCCGCAAGGGUCUAUGACAACGCCGCUCUGAAGCUCCGCGGGCCCCACGCGCUGACGAACUUCUCCACCCCGUCAGCCCUCGAGAAGACGGAGGAACAUAACGCCGUCAGCGUAAGCAUGGUCAACGUUAACGCCACAUCACCGGUCUCCAGCUACGACUCCACUGAGGUGUCGUCUCAGUCUCAGCAGGCCCGAGAACUCUCCUCCCCGACCUCCGUCCUGCGCUUCGACGGCCGGCACAGCGCCGACCGGGAACAAAAACCGGUUCUGAAGAUGGAACCACCGGACGAACCGGCCGAGGAUUUCCAGGGAGAGACAGGCUUGACGGAGUAUCUGCCGGCGGAUUUCCCUCCAGUCGAUGAUUUCUUCGAUUUCGCAGCUGCAGCCUCGAUGUUCGGGGACUCGGCCGGUCUGCCGGAUCCGAUGAUCGACGGGGACUUGUGCGAUUUCCUCCUCGACUCGCCGUCGGAUCUCGGGCCUCUGCCCAUGGACCUGCAAGUCAACGACUAUUUCCAAGACAUCGGCGACCUUUUCCCGUCGGAUCCGCUCUCCGUUCUAUGAGAAAAAUGGGACUCGAGGUAGAGAGAGAGAGAGAGAGAGAGGAGGCUUAGAGAGAGUUAGAGGCUGUGUAUCGCGGCCGCUUACUCGCCGGUUUCACGGCGGAUUUUGAAGCGGCGGCCGGCGGAAUCCCAGUUUUGUGUCAAGUGUUAAUUUAAUUAUUAUUAAUUAUUAAUUGGACCGCACAGUUUUGGUAUAAA